AUGUCAAUGUCUUGGAGGAACCGGAAAGCGCGGCUGGCCGAGCUGCUCCAGAGCAACGGCGACGACGACGAAGAGGGUCUCGCACUCGAUAGACUCCUGCACGGCCAGAGCGUAAUUGGAAAGACGGCAAAGACCAAGGAAGUUGAUAGUCUGCGCUUCACCGACAAGGACCUCCAGCUUCUGGGAACCCUAGAGUACGGCCAGUUUGGCGUGGUCGACGUCGUCAGCUGUAAAUGCGAUGGCCGCGUCUACGUCCGCAAGUCAAUAGACAAGCAGUUUGCCCUGCGCAACGCCGAGCAAUGCUUCCCGCAGGUCGAGCGCGAUCUGCUCCUCCGCGCGGCGCAGCACGCCAGCCGGUGGGCGCCGCACCUGCUCUGCGCCUUCCAGACGCCCACGCACCUCAACCUCGUGAUGGACUACGCCGAGGGCGGCACGCUCUGGGACGUGCUCGAGUCCAGCCCGCGCGGCAUGCGCAUCCCCGAGGCGGACGUGCGCUGGUGGGCGCCCCAGAUCGCCAGCGCCGUCCACUGGUGCCACGCGCAGGGCUUCGUUCAUCGCGACGUCAAGCCGCAGAAUUUCGUGCUCACGGCGGCGAGCCGCGUUCUGCUCAUUGACUUUGGAUCGGCGGCGCCGCUGCUUCCUCCCAGGCCAGACGGCGCCCAGCUAGUGCCGACGCGGUACUGUCUCGUCCCGUGCGGGACGUGCGACUACAUCUCGCCCGAGAUCCUCGAAGCACACGAGCAGGCACUCAUGGCGCUCGACUUGGACGACGACGACGACGACGAUCGCCCGGCCCCGCGCAGGGAUGAAGGAAGAGAAGGGUACGGGCGCGAGACGGACUGGUGGAGCUUCGGGGUGAUGUUGUACGAGAUGGUGUACGGCGUCGCGCCGUUCUUCGCCGACGAUGUGCGCACGACGUACCUCCGGAUCAUGGAUCAUAAGGCAAGUUACUUCACGUCCAACUGUCUGUCUCUCGCUAAUCUCGUUCGCACCAGGCUUCUUACCGACGCGAGCGAGCGACUCGGGCGGCACAGCAUCUCGGACAUUGUCGCGCAUCCGUUCUUCGACGGGAUCGACUGGGGCGAUCUCCACGAGCGCGAUCCCCCGGAAAGCCUGCACCUCCCGCAAUAUACGUACGCCGCACCCGCGGACGCGACGGCUGAUGGGCCUGCGGACGACACGCCCUCGCAGGGGUUCCGAUUCUCGCAGCUCUUCCAGUCGUCCCCUCUCUCGGGCCCGGGCGCCUCGGCGGACGCGCAGUCGAUCUUGCAGGCCACGCCUGCGCAGCGGCUCUCGCAGUCCCGCUCGUCGUCGAUGCGCGAACGUGCCGUCGCGUCGUUCAUCGGAUUCUCGUGGGGCCCGCGUGUCGACGCGUUCGGGCCAGCAGGAGCCGACUCGGACUUGUGUAUGGCGCCGUCGCCUGCGCGUUCGCACGCGCGCGACGAUCUGCACACCCCGCGCGUUUCGAAAGUGACAUUGCCUGGCACGCAUCCGUUCGUGACGCCGCUGCGCAAAGGACAAGGCCACCAGCCGAAUACUGUUCCAAGGACGGGGACGAUCCGCCGCACUGACUCGCGGCGGCCAGUGUCCGACCGCGAGGCUAUGAAGCAGCUGCUGGAGUGCGUAGGGAUGAGUGCGCGGAAAAAGAUGAUUGAGAGCGGGAAGAAGCCGCGCGGUAUGGGGCUCGGGGAGCCCCCCUCUGCGCUUGGCCGCGGGCGGUCGGGCUCAGCCAGCCUUAGGAAAGAGCUACGGUUUGACAUGACACCGCGGGUGGGCCGGUCGCUGUCCACUUCGGUGGUGGACGCGGGCGACGUAUCGUCGCUGGGGGACGACGGCAGCGGGACGGAGGGCCCGCCAAGCCCGAGCCCGAGCGCGCGGCCGAGCUCUGCGAUGUCCGGCGGGUCGAGGAGGAGCCGCUCGCCGACGUCGAUGAGCAGGUCGCUUCCGCUGCGUCGGCUGUCGGUGGGGGCGGGCGAGCGGGGGGAGCGGACGCCGGAGCCCGGGGGAGGCCUGUCGGAGCGGGCGCUGGACGGGAUGGAGCGGCGGCACAGCGAGCUUGUGCAGCGCAUUGCACGUCUGGAGGCGCGGCUCGCGCGGCUGGGUGGCCGGGACGGGCCGCUGUGA